GGUGCAGGACAGGUGAAGCUAAACUCACCAAAGGAUUUAAUUUAGCUGCACGUUUCAUCAUUCACACGGUGGGACCCAAAUACAAAAGCCGGUAUCGCACAGCAGCCGAGAGUUCUCUAUACAGCUGUUACCGCAAUGUCCUGCAGCUUGCAAAGGAACAGGCAAUGUGCUCUGUAGGAUUUUGUGUCAUUAAUUCUCUGAAAAGAUGCUACCCCUUGGAGGAUGCAACCCACAUAGCACUGCGCACAGUUAGAAGGUUCCUGGAGAUUCAUGGAGAGACUCUGGAGAAGGUGGUGUUUGCAGUCUCUGAGCUUGAAGAGGCCACUUACCAGAAGUUGCUGCCUCUGUAUUUUCCAAGAUCCUUCGAAGAAGAGAUACAAUCCUUGCCUUACCUCCCUGCAGAUAUUGGCAAUGCAGAAGGGGAGCCUGUAGUACCAGAGCGGCAGAUCAGGAUUACUGAAAAGCCGGGUGUUCCUGAUGAUGCUUCAGAUGAAGAGGGUCUGGAGGCAGAUUUGUCUUUCAUUGGUUCCCAUGCUUUUGCCCGCAUGGAGGGAGAUGUUGAUAAACAGAGACGCCUCAUCCUUCAGGGACAGUUGUCAGAGGCAGCACUGCAAAAACAGCAUCAGAGGAAUUAUAAUCGCUGGCUGUGUCAGGCAAGAGCUGAAGACCUCUCUGAUAUUGCUUCUCUUAAAGCUUUGUACCAGACAGGUGUAGAUAACUGUGGCCGCACAGUGAUGGUGGUAGUUGGAAGGAAUAUCCCUGUAACAUUGAUCGACAUGGAAAAGGCUCUUCUGUAUUUCAUCCACGUCAUGGAUCAUAUUGCAGUGAAGGAAUAUGUCCUGGUGUACUUCCAUACACUCACAAAUGAUUACAAUCAACUAGACUCUAAUUUCUUGAAGAAACUCUAUGAUGUUGUUGAUGCCAAGUACAAGAGGAACUUGAAGGCACUGUAUUUUGUCCACCCAACAUUUCGUUCAAAG